UUAUAAUGAUUAAUUGGUAAUUUUUUAGGCAACAGUAACUCACUUAUAAAGGAGAUCUGGAAUGGAUCUUUGAGAAACGCAAUAGCAGUGCAUCCAACAAAGAAUAACAAUGUCUCACGUGGAUAAUAACUGUCGCGCAAAACUUAGUGGAUAAAAGAUGAAACAAAAGUUCUUAAAUGGGAGAAGGGUAAUAUAUAGGAGGUCCUCUAAAUAUAAGAAGUUACUAGAAGGAUAUGUGUGUGAACUGUGAAGAAAAGGAAACCAGUUGCAUUUGAAAAAUUUGGAAGCCACUAAUAAAUAGUAACUCAAAAUUUUGACUUUUAUAUAUUAAUUAAUUAAUAUAUUAAAUAAUAAUUUUUACACCUUUUUUACUCACUGCUUUCACCAAAUGCUAUUAUAGCCCAAUGGCAACCCGUUUUUUUUUAUACUGACACAUAGAUAAUGCAUUACGUGAGGAGGUCAGAACAUGUGAAGAAAUAGUUGCUCCAAAUAAUUAGAGUUUGUUGGAAGAAAUUUAAUUAUAAAUUUUAUAAACAUAUCUCUCAAACUUAAGCCAGUCAUAUUGUAUUAGAGUUUUUAUAUAUAAAAAAAAAUUGUAUUAGAGGUUGGGCCAUCUGGUUGAGAAUCUUGACAUGGUUUAGAACUUUCUAUGACCGGUAGCUAAUUUGUUCGAGUUCUACAACCUCGUUCUCGGGCUGUGCAAACUUCAAACUCAUAUAAGUAGCUUGAGUUUAAGGGACAUGUUAGUAUGUAGUAUAAGAUUGAUCAUUAAACCUCUUCCAAUAAUUAUAGUGCGUUUGGAUUGGUGUAUUUCAAAUGUAAAGUAUUUGAAAUACAUGUAUUUAAAAUGCAUGCAUUUGAAAUACUAGCAUGUGAAAUACAUGUAAUUCAAAUUUGUGGUUUGGAUACUUAUUUGUAUGUGUUCUAUUUCAAAUUUUGUGAUUUUUCAUUUUUAUUUUGAAUUUUCUAAGCACUUAUUAUAAUUUUUGGUAAAUUUAAUUUUUUCCUAUAGUUUAGUACCUAAACUUAUAACAUUUUACAAAGAAGUCCAGAAAUUUUGAUGGUGAAAUUAUGGCUUGGUACCUUUAUAUGUUUUUCCUCACACAAGAGUACCUAAACUUUUUAAAUUUUAACAAAUAGGUCCAAUCUUUUGGUAGGAGGAGGUAUUUUCAAAUCACUAGUUGUUGAAAUGUAUUUGAAGUUGACAAGUAAUACACAAGACAUGUAAUUGGAAAAUACCCCAUGAAUUUGACACACAUCCAAAUACCAAACGUAAUGAAUAUCCCAACAAAUUAUUUGGCAAUAGGAAAUCUAAAUCACAAAUACCAAAUCCAAAUCAUUCUAUCCAAACACACCUUUAGUGUUAGUUGGAAUUUAACAUGAUAUUAAAACCUUAUAUAAUCGAUAGGUGUUACGUUAGAAUCUCCUAAGUACAUAGUGAUUUUCAAUGAGAGAGACAACUUGGGGAUGGAAUCUGCUGAAAGCCGGAUGCGGCAUCGAUGAUUCCGCUUUACGUACGUUGAGAUAGAUGAGACCAAUUAGCUAGCUAGGCCGAUCCAUUCCAUUCCUAAGAUAUAUAAUAUUAUUCAAGCAACAAAAUUCAUCCUCUCACAUCAAUAUAAAGCUAGCCCGUUGCACCAAAAAAAAUAAAAAUAUAUAAAGCUAGCCCGCUUCCACUCAGAAUACAUAUUAAGUUGCUAACACGAGAGAGAAAAAGAGAGAGAGAGAGAUAGAGAUGGGCGUACAGGUUGGUCGCUUGGAUGCUCGAAUGGCCACAGUGAUGAUGUCGUCGCUAAUUCUGACAAUGAUCAACGUAGGCUUCCACGGCGGUGUAAUCAUCAUCACCGCCGCCCUGGAUCCAAUGUGCGGUGCCUCCAACGAAUGGUUUUGCAGUCCGACCGACUUCGAUAUGUCAAAUGCUCAGGAAAUAGUAUUAUCGAAGCUGGUCAGAUCCGCAGCAACGUGCGAGCCGGCCUUCACCAUGCGUCAUCAGCCUCGUCAACCAACAAUACUAGUCGCCUACAUGCAUUCUUCUUGUGCUGAUGCCAGUGAUCCCAACUGCGGUGAUUGCUUGUACAGAGCGACUCAAAUAAUGCGCGAGUAUUGCCCGGGCAAAGAUGGAGCUCAGUACGGGACGGAAGAGUGUUGUGCUCGCUACGAGAAGGACAAGUUUUGUUGAGCUUAAUUAACUAAUUAAGAAAUGCUGUUGUGUAUGUUGUCCGAAUAAAGUUACCCGCCGUCAUGGUUUUGUAGGCUUCUCAUAGAUAUAUGUAACGGGAGCACUUCUCCUAUGCUAUAUAGUAUUGGUAGUUUAAUGUAUAACUUUAGAUUGUAUCAUAACAAUAAAUGUAUAAAUUUAAG